UUGACAGCUCACAGUUUACUGAGCAGGAUCUCCUCCGUGCUCCUCCUGCUGCUCCUCUCCCUGCUGCUCCUCUCACGUUAAACUCCCGGUGAGCCUCCGCGCGCCCCGCAGCAGCAGCAGCAGCAGCAGCAGUCUCCCCUGCGCACGUGCAGCUGUCUGACCCCCCUCUCACCUGAGGAACCCUGACAGCGGACCCUACUUUCUCCAAACUGGAUUCCCGGAGCUCGUCGCCAUGCAUGCCCGGGUUUAGAUUCUCCAUGGAGCUCUCUAACCUGUACGAGGUCGCUCCCCGGCCCCUGCUGAGCAGCCUCCCCCACGGCCAGCAGCCCUCCUCCGGCUACAGAGACCCGGCAGAGCUCGGUGGAGACAUCGGAGACAACGAGACUUCCAUCGACCUGAGCGCGUACAUCGACCCGUCGGCCUUUAACGACGACUUCCUGGCCGACCUGUUCCACCACAGCUCCAGACAGGACAAGCUGAAGAUGAUGAGCGGGGACUACGACCCGGUGCAGGUCGGUCCCGGGCCCCCGGUGCAGUGUGGCCCGGGGCCCCCGGUGCAGUGCGGCCCGGGACCCCAGCAGCUCUACAUGUCCAACUACAUGGAGUCCAAGCUGGAGCCGAUGUACGACCACAACCCGCCGCGGAUCCGACCCGUCGCCAUCAAGCAGGAGCCCCGGGACGACGAGGACCUGAGCCCGGCCAUGCCCCCCACCUACCACCACCCGCAGCAGUACAGCCAGCACCCUCCCCAGCAGCAGAUGCCCCACCUGCAGUACCAGAUCGCUCACUGCGCCCAGACCACCAUGCACCUCCAGCCGGGCCACCCGACCCCUCCUCCCACCCCGGUGCCGAGCCCGCACCAGCACCACCACUCGCACCAGCACCAGCAGGGCGGGCUGAAGCUGCUGGAGCACCGAGGGGGGGGCAAAUCCAAAAAACACGUCGAUAAGAGCAGCCCGGAGUACCGGCUCCGGCGCGAGCGCAACAACGUGGCCGUGCGUAAGAGCAGGGACAAGGCCAAGAUGCGCAACAUGGAGACGCAGCAGAAGGUGGUGGAGCUCAGCAACGACAACGACAGACUGCGGAGGAGGGUGGAGCACCUGACCCGGGAGCUGGACACGUUACGGGGCAUCUUCAGACAGCUGCCGGACGGGUCCUUCAAACCGAUGGGCAGCUGAGAGCCUGCGGGGCGGGACCCGGUGCACCAGGACCGGACCUGCAGCGGGACCGGACCCGGUGCGGGACGGGACCUGCAGCGGGACCGGACCAGUGCUGGAUUUACUGAGUGCAGCUCCGCGUGCAGACGGACUGAGAGGAGACUGAGCAGCUGAUCUGUUCACUGCAAAAAUCUUCGUCUAAACUUUUUUUUGUCUUUAAAUCCUGAAACUUGAAUUUUGUCUCCUGCAAAAAAAAAGAAAAAAAAAGAAAAGAAAAGAAAGAAAAGAAAGAAAAA